CCUUGCCAGAAAGUACAGAGGGGAUAUAGUUGGACUGGAUUACCCAUUCGAAUUAGAAAAACCCGUCGACUUGGAGCUGGAAGCGAAAACCCUCCGAAGAAACGGAGAAGGGCAGACUCAACCCAGUACCGUCCAAAGGUGAAGGCCGCCAGCAGGCCAAAGAAGCAAUUCAAGUACCUUGAGAAAGCAAUCAUGAGGAAAAGGAGAAGGAAUGGCAACGAAGAAGACAACCAUCUUCCCCCGCAGACCAAAAGGAGUAGUAGAAACCCUGUCUUUCAGGAUUCCUGGGACACAGAGACAGUACCCGUAACGAAAAACAGUAAAGAAAACAGACUAAGAGGAAGCAAAGUGUUCUGCGCGUCUUCAAGCAGUGAUAGUGGUGGGAGCAGCAGCAGCAGCAGCAUCAAUAGCCCUGACAGGGCCAGCGGGCCAGAAAGCAACCUCAGCCAGAUCAUGGCAGGAUCCAGUCCCAACACCCCUCAGCCCAUGCCCGAGCAGUCUGCACUGUGCCAAGGCCCUUACUUCCACAUCAACCAGACCCUGAAGGAGGCCCAUUUCCACAGCCUACAGCACCGAGGACGGCCUCCGACAUGAUGGACUGGCAGUUUCUUGCCUUCUGUGAAGGGACAGACAGCGCUGUGCAGAUUUGAUAUUUCAACUUACAAUUUGUUUAAAAAAAUUGCACAAAAAAAAUGCCUGUUGGCUUUUCAGUCUAUAUUUGGAAUAACAGCUUAACAGGCGGUUGUUUACUUGUGGUUUUGCUGCACUAUUGCGAUUUCAAAGGGGCUUUGAAGCAAUUUUUUAUAGGAUUCUUUUAAGGGAGGGAGUCAAAUCCAUGUCAAGGUAGUGGUGUGAGGAAAUCCCAUCUGCGUGUUGAAUCCAUAGUGUGUCCCAUUCAGACUGGUUUCCCAAUCUGUCAACUAGAAAAAUCUACUUUAUGUAAAAAGGCCUUUUAAAAAUGCGGGAUCUUCAAUUUUUUAAAAUUCAAUAAAGUAGUAAAGAGUAUCUAGUUUCCAUGAAAAAAAAAAAAAACCCUAAGCUUUUUUCCAAAAUAUAGUUUGAAUCAGUCUUGAACUGAAAUUAACUACCAUACUACCUCUUAGUAUGUAGAUGAUGUUUUGAAGGUUCCUUCUCCUUUGUUACAGGAGAACAAUCAGAUCCAAUUAGACUGUGUUAAGCGAAGCACCCUUCUUGAUAACAGACUCUGUUCUUUGUUAUAUAAUUGUAUUUCCAGGGUGAAUGUCUUUCAGACUCUGGUAUUCUCAAAAAAACUUCUGUAUCGACAUUCCUUCCCAGUCUGCACCUCAGACUUCAGUAGAAAACACUGCAUAACUCUGAAGGAAAUACGACUUCUCAUCCUACAGACUUGCUACUUCAGCAGCCUAUAAUAGCUCAUUGAUAAUUCCACCCGUGGUGUUGACACUUGGACAGGUAUUCAUUUUACAUACAGAGAAACCUCCAACAGUCACUAGGGACACAUUCCAGCAGUGCAACUGGAAAGACAGGUGUGGCUUAGAAACAAAGGAACAGAAGCCCCCAAGGAGAAACAACGCAGUGGUAUUUAUUGGAGAGAAAUAGCUAUGUUCCCACAUUAUUUAGUCAUACUGGAGAGCCAGCCAAGUUUGAAUAAUGAAGGCGCAGAAGUGUCGUCUUCUUCGUUGACAAACUGUCUGAACAAGGAGCCUGGAUGUGUGAGGUCAUCUGCUCUGGAGAGUGCUGGAGGGACAACCUGCCAUUGGAUGUAGAGGAAAGUGCCUUAGAGUUUACCUGAGUCCUCUCCCUGCUGACAUCACUCCAAUUGGAGUCCACAUAGCACACAAGCAGCUCUGAGAAGCACGAAGAGCUCUAAUAAGAGGACUCUGCUAUUUGUCAAGAUUUGGGAAAGACAUAGGGAACAGUGAGAUUUUAUUGUGCAACAGAACUAAAUUUGAAAAUGAAGACUAUCCUAGGAAAAGGGUAAACAUAUGCACCUCCUUUCCUCAGUCUCUUCGUCUAAUAGGAAUAGAAUUCACAGGCCAGUUACUUGAAGUGGAAUCAGAGUGCUAUGGGGAAGUUACAGCAAAGCCCAUGCUUAUGCUUAAGGAGCAGGUGUUUUUUAUUUUUGUUUUUUGUUUUUUUAAUUUGCUAGGAUGUGUGUGGUAUAUGCAUUCCCCAGAGACAGAGGAAGGGAGAGUGAGAAAGCAACCCCACAUGGAGCACAGUCAUGUCACACAUCCUCCAUUUCUCACUCCUUUGGGGACACAUGCUCAGAAUGUUAAAUGGCCACGUCUGGGACUAGAAGCAUGCAGUGGGCCAUGUGGGAGCCAGCCGCCUUAACCACCAUGUCAUUGAGGCAUGCGACUGUGAGAUUUUUUUGUUUUUAGAUAUCGUCUCCCAAAUCUUAAAACCAGAUUUUUGAGAGGAUUUUGGAUCUGAAGGGGCCUAAUGGCAGGGACUAUGGAAAGGAUACAUGUUAAUAUUUUGUCUUAACAGUGAAGCAAACAACUAAAUGCUGUAAGAAGAGCUGUUGGAGCUCCCAAACACACGUGUACACAACACAAUUCAGAAAUACCCAAGACGACUUCUGCAGGCUCAAUGGAUGGCAUCCUACUGAAACAAAAUGUGUGAUAAUAGAAAAAUGUAAAACUCGACGCAAACUUCCUUUUAUUUCCCAUCCAACUAAAGAUACGGAAGAUGAAACCCUCACCAGGACAGCUCAACUGUUCUCCAAGUAUCGUCCCAGUGCUGGGUUGACAGUUAAUUCUUUACCUUACUCAAGAUAAAAAGUCUCCAUCUUAUCCUGCAGAUUGUCUACAACCUCUCAGCCUGAGAUGCAUUUCUAUUAUGAGGCUACUUAGCGUCAAUGGGCGUCUUUUUAGACUUCAAUUAGCUCAAGCUAGUAAAGCCUUGUACUUCUCCAUUGCGCCGCCAUUAAAAGCAGCAUCAGUGUG